AUGGCAUCCACAUCCCAGAAUACCACAACAGAACGCUUAGAAGAACAACAACAAAAACUCGAUCUCGCAAUCACCCUCGCUCUCAACACAUGGCCCGCCCUAACUCUCGCUGUCCAAUCCUCCUGGGGAGGCCAAAAUUCCUCUGACAAACGCGACUGGCUCUGUGGCGCAAUCUCUGAUAUCAUAUCCACACGUCCGGAGACCGAUUCUUACGAUAUUGAAGAUAUUCUGGUACAAGUCAUGACUGAUGAAUUCGAUGUUGCGGUUGACGACGGUUCGGCGGGUAUUGUUGCAGAUCAGAUCAUGAAUCUCAAAGCAAGGAUUGAUCUUGGUGAUUAUGCGGAUGUGGAUAGGAUGUGGGCUGAGUAUAAGGAUAAGAUGGAGAGGAAGGGAGUUGAACAACAGAAUUUAUUUAGGCAUGUUGAUACGAAAGAUGAGGAUCAGGAGACGGAUGAAGAUGUUGAUGACGACGAGGAUGAAGAUGAAGAGAUGAAUGAUGCGCCUACCUUGGUAUCGAGACCUCCCAGGCAAAGGGCUGAGCCUGAGGUUGACGAGGAGGGAUUUACCAAGGUUGUUGAUCACAAAAUGCAUUCAUUAACCCCAAGUCCACAACCUACCCCGGUCCACCUUACAUAUAGUCAUGUUGAGUACCUAGGAGCUGUUUUUCCCCCGGCAUAUCUGGCACCCGAUGUGGUUGUGCGAGUCGAGACCUUUGGCCUGGGGGGUGGGGGGAGGAGGGUCAAUCAGGGUGUAGUCAAGCUCCAGGGACGGUUUUCUAGUGACAGAGACAACCUAGCGCAAGCUUGGUACAUUACAAAGGAGUUGGAGACGAGGUUUUAUAUUGAAGGUGGGAAGGAUAGGAGUAGUGAUGACGGCUUGGCUGCAGUUAUGGUCUAUGGAAAGAUCGACCAAGAGUCCUAA